UAUUGUUAUCCCAAGUGACGAACGUAGGAAGCCGCGCCCGCUAGAUGCGCCUUGAAUGAGUGGAUAUCAGAAGCACAGUAUUCCCUCCAUAUACCACCUCGACACUUCGAACCUUACUCAACCUUCGCUGCUCGUCCCCGUGGCCAAGUGGACUGGAGGAGGAGGGUCAAGCAGUACAGGCAGCAGUGCAACCUACUCGACGGGACAAGCGGCCGGAUCGUCGUCCUCCACACUUCGAGGGGGACUGCAAAGCCGUAGUCGAAACAUCGACAUCCCAAACUCCAAACCCCGAACCCGACCAAAGCAUCCACCGGCGGCGGUUUCCCGCGUCCCAUCCAAUGUGCGGUCUGGGUUGUCGUCAAGAAAAUCCAAUUUGUCCGCAGCGUCUCCUGCUCCAUUACCUGUUAGUUCAGGGUUAAAUUGGCACACACGCCCCCCCCGCGGCGGUCUUGCCUCCUUCCACACCACCCAAAAUGACAUCCAUGCGUUGAAGUCACGCAACAAGAAAACGUUGGCCUCACGCCACGAGGGGAAGCAUUUCACCUCCAUCGAAGCUCCAGGUAGCGUCGAACCCACGAGUUGGGCCAAUGGACUUGCUGGUGGGGACGAAGACGCAUUUACGACGGUGCGCGUCAUGGAAGUUUCAAGAGAUGCCCCGUCGGCGGUUGUCCGCGCAACGACCGUACCCCGCAGAAAAGAUGCGGUGGAAGGACUGGCGCGAGCACUGCUGUCCGAUUGCAUCAACAAGCGCAACAUGGAGCAGUUCAAAGCCAAGAAAGUGAUCAACACAAGCACGGUGCCGCAAUCGGCCAUUUCCAGUUCGUUUACGUCACCGAAGGAACUGGAGUCAUGCCGCGGCAUGCCUCUGUACGAUGAUGGCGGCGGCGUGCUAAGCUGCAGCUCGAGUGACGACGAGUUAAAUCAACUGUACAAGCUCGAGCCAUCGUUUGUCUGGGACGACAAGUGCCGCGUGGACGGAUGCCUGAACAAAAUGUGUCAAGACUCGACCCAUGGCCAUGACAGCAUGACGGUGACGAGUUCCCCCGAGAGCGAUAGCUAUUUCGAAGAAAAGGGAUUGUCCAAGGAAAUUCGGUACAACUUGCCCAUUGCGUACGGCACAGUGAACGAAACCGAAAAACAUUGCACCAUUUGCCAAGUGCCGUACGAAAUUGGCUCGCACAUCGUCACGUUAACGCCGUGCCAUCACUUCUUCCACGCCCUGUGCGUGGACAAAUGGCUGUGGAAUCACGUGACGUGUCCCCUGUGCCGCGAAGAAGUUGUGUACAACCUGGACAGCGACAGGCCUCAGAUCCCAGUGCACGUUCGAGGCACGGAAUGCCCCGACGUGGACCAAGAGACCAUGCGCAAGAAGUUGCGGUCUCAAUGCGCCGAAUUUCGCCCCGUGAAACCUCUCAAACCAGGUUGGAUGUCUGUCUUGCAUUUGUUUGCCAAACCAACUCUCACACACACGUAUGUGAUGUAGUCGCCGUGGAUCAUCUCGAUGCCCAAUUUGGUGGCCUGCACGUGCAAGAGGAGCGGACCGAACUGCGCUUGGACUAUCUUGCAUGCCCCACGCCCCAACGCAAGUACCGCAACUAACAGGGGGCAACUCACCCCAAAGAAUCAACGAUGGACAGCGCCCGUUUCAACUGUAAAAAUCAACCCAAGUCGACGUUCACGACCGACCUGCGAGUCUGCCGCGAUGUCGGCUCGAGCGCGUGUCCGUGUAUUAAUUUAUCCUCUAAUCCAUAAACGUGCUUUGCAAUUUCUACUAUUAAUAGUAAUAACGUUAACCGA